UCUACCCACCCACCCAGCCGAGGAGAGGGGAAGGGGAUGGCUAUAAAAGGGAGGGGGCUCCUGGCUCGGAGGCAAGCUCGCAGCGUCUUCGGCCGGCUCCGCGACUUAGCCAAGGCAGGCAGCGGCGGAGCGGAGCGGAAGGCACCAUGGCAGAAGAUCUUCAGUUAGAGACCUGGGAUCUGAAAUGCGAGGAGAACAACCAGGAUCACAAGACCUCCGAAAUGGGCUCCCAUCGGCUCGUUGUACGCCGAGGACAGCCCUUCCGGAUCACCCUGCACUUCGCAGGCAGAGCGUACCAUGAAGGCGUGGACAGGCUCACCUUCAUCGCAGAGACAGGACCUUGCCCCAUCGAGACCUCCGGCACCCGGGCCCCCUUCCCUCUCUCCUGCUCCCUGGAGGGACCGUCCUGGAGUUCGGCCGUGGAGCAGCAGGAGGGCCUCUCUCUCUCCGUCGCCAUCGCCUCCCCUCCGGACGCCCGCAUCGGCCGCUACCGCCUGGUGCUGGACGCCUCCACCCAGUAUCAGGGCUCCAGCUUCCCCCUGGGCGAAUUCGUCCUGCUCUUCAACCCCUGGUGUCCAGAGGACUCCACCUACAUGGAGAGCAAAGAGGACCUGGUUGAGUAUGUGUUGACUCAACAAGGCCUGAUCUACCAAGGAUCGAAGGACUACAUUGUCCCCGUCCCAUGGAACUUCGGACAGUUUGAAGAGGACAUUUUGGACAUCAGCUUGGAGCUGCUGGACAACAACCCCAAGUUCCUCCUUAAUCAAGACAAGGACUGUGCUCGACGCAACAGCCCCGUCUACAUCAGCAGGGUGGUGAGCGCCAUGGUCAACUGCAACGACGACAAAGGCAUCCUCUUUGGACGCUGGGACAACCGCUACGAUGACGGGGUCAGCCCCAUGACCUGGAGUGGCAGCGUGGACAUCCUUCGGAGGUGGCAGAAGUACGGAUGCCAACCGGUUCGGUACGGGCAAUGCUGGGUCUUUGCCGCGGUGGCCUGCACAGUGCUCCGGUGCCUGGGGAUCCCGGCACGCGUGGUGACCAACUACAACUCAGCCCACGACACGAACGGGAACCUGGUCAUCGAGCAGUACCUGGACGAGAACGGGAAGCUGCAGAGGGGGAACCGGGAUAUGAUCUGGAAUUUUCACUGCUGGGUGGAAUGUUGGAUGGCCCGUCCAGACCUUCCAAGCGGCUACGACGGCUGGCAGGCCUUGGAUCCCACUCCACAGGAAAAAAGUGAAGGAGUCUUCUGCUGCGGGCCAACUCCGGUGAAAGCCGUCAGGGAAGGAGACCUUGACCUGAAGUACGACGUGAAGUUUGUCUUUGCCGAGGUCAACGCCGAGGUGGCCUUCCUGAUGCUGCAGAGUGACCUGUCCCGCAAGAAGACCAUGCACCCCACCAUCGUGGGCAAGAAGAUAAGCACCAAGAGCGUGGGAAGGGACACCAAAGAGGACAUCACGCACACCUACAAGCAUCGUGAAGACUCGGAGGAGGAGAGAGCCAGCUUCGACAAGGCGAAACACGAGAAGACCCAGACCCCACAGGAGGAAGGCUUGGCCCUCAAGAUCAAGGCUUCCGAGGGGAUGAACAACGGAUGUGACUUCGAUGUCUUUGUGGUCGUCAACAACAACACGCCCGAGGAAUGCCUCUGCCAGCUGAGGAUUUCGGCCGCCACCACCAGCUACAACGGGGAGCUGGGCCCCGAGUGCGCGUGCAAGGACCUGUUGAAUAUCAACAUGGAGCCCCACGGAGAAAAGACGGUCCCCCUGCGGAUCCCCUACGAGAAGUACGGCAGCUGCCUCACCCCGGACAACAUGAUCAAAGUCACGGCUGUGCUGCAGCAGUACGAGAACCAGAAGAUCCUCCUCGCGGUGCGGGACUUCCACGUCAAGAACCCCGACAUCAAAAUCCGGAUUUUGGGCGAGCCGAUGCAGAAGCGCAAACUGGUGGCUGAGCUGACCCUGUCCAACCCCCUCCCCACCGCCCUGACCGGCUGCGUCUUCACCAUGGAGGGGGCUGGACUGACCGGAGGGCAGAAAACGCAGCAGCUGGAGACCCCCGUCGAGCCUGGGGAGGAAGCCAAAGUAAUGGUGGACUUCGUGCCCCAACAGUUCGGCCUGCGGAAGCUGGUGGUGGAUUUUGAAAGCGACCAGCUGAAGGGGGUGAAGGGCUACCGGAACGUCAUCAUCGCCCCCCUGCGCAAAUAGAGCCAGGAGCCCCCCCCCAACCAAAAAGCCAAACAAGUCCAGGAGCGCCUCCCCCCCCCUCCAGAUGCCCUGUGUGUGUCUCUUUCUACCUGCACCUCCGGCUACACCCGCCUUCCAGAUGCUUCUUUGCUCCUGCCAUCACCAAAGACCGGCCCCAUCCCACAGCUGGUUGGGGGGCACCCCAAAUCCUAGAGUUGGCGUGGCUGCAAUUGGGGAGGGGGUGGCGAUCCUUGACUCGGGAUGCGUGCGUGCAGGAGAACCACCCCUGUAGGAUGUGACUUCUGGGGGUGUCCCAGACUCCCCCCCCCAGAUCCUCAUUUUGUGGGUCCUUUUGAUCCUGUUAGGAUGUUUGCCAUCAAUUCUGGUUGCCUGGGAUGUUGGGACAGGAGGUCAGGCUGAAGGAGAGGGGGUGUCCCAUGUUGGCCACUUUAAAAGACUAGUGGACUUCAACUUUAAGACUGGUGGACUUCAACUCCCAG